GAUUUCAUUCUGCUACAGCUGGUGGCUGAGCAUUUCUGCCUGGGAUGGCGGAGGAUCAGGAGCUGACUCAGCCACACAAAGCUCAACUUGAGCCCUCCCUUCAGCAGCGCACAAGCAACACAUACCGCAGUGCAGAGCACUCUCAGGCCCUGCUCAGUGGCCUGGUAUCUCUCCGAGACAGCAGCAUCCUCUUCGAUGUAGUUCUGGUAGUGGAAGAGAAACCUAUUGAGGCUCAUCGCAUACUUCUGGCUGCAUCCUGUGACUAUUUCAGAGGAAUGUUUGCAGGAGGACUGAGAGAGAUGGAACAAGAAGAAGUUCAUAUUCAUGGCAUCUCCUACAAUGCAAUGUGUAAAAUCUUGAACUUCAUUUACACUUCUGAGCUGGAACUCAGUGUGAACAGUGUACAGGAAACUUUAGCUGCAGCCUGUCAGCUUCAGAUUCCAGAAGUCAUUAAGUUCUGUUGUGAUUUUCUCAUGUCCUGGGUAGACGAAGAGAACAUUCUUGACGUAUACAGACUAGCUGACCAUUAUGACUUGAGACAUUUGAGUGAUCAGCUGGACUCCUACAUUUUGAAGAACUUUGCAGCUUUCUCAAGGACACAAGUGUACCGACAGCUACCCUUGCAGAAGGUCUACUCCCUUCUCAGCAGUAACCGUUUGGAGGUUAACUAUGAGUUUGAAGUUUAUGAUGGGGCACUUUUUUAUCAUUAUUCUCCAGAGCAACUGGAAACAGAUCAGGUCUCCCUGAUGGAGCCCCUUAAGCUACUUGAGACAGUUCGUUUUCCUCUGAUGGAACCCCAGAUCCUGCAAAGGCUUCACGACAAACUAAGUCCAUGUCCUUUAAAAGAUACAGUCGCAGACGCAUUAAUGUACCACAAGAAUGAAUGUCUUCAGCCAAUGCUUCAGAGCUCCCAGACGCAGCUGAGAUCAGAGUUCCAGUGUGUAGUGGGAUUUGGAGGAAUGCAUUCUACUCCAUCCAUUGUCCUCAGUGAUCAAGCCAAGUAUCUGAACCCCUUGUUGGGAGAGUGGAGACACUUUACAGCUGCACUAGCCCCCAGAAUGUCCAAUCAAGGGAUUGCUGUUCUCAAUAAUUUUGUAUAUUUAAUUGGCGGAGACAACAAUGUAAGUGGUUUUCGAGCAGAGUCAAGGUGUUGGAGGUAUGACCCGCGACACAACAAAUGGUUCCAGAUCCAGUCCCUACAGCAAGAGCAUGCUGACCUCAGUGUUUGUGUUGUGGACAACUAUAUAUAUGCCGUCGCAGGCCGAGAUUACCAUGAAGACCUGAGGGAAGUGGAGAGGUAUGACCCUAAAAGCAACACUUGGGAAUAUGUGACACCUCUGAAGAAGGAGGUAUAUGCACAUGCUGGAGCAGCACUGGAUGGGAAGAUGUAUAUUACCUGUGGGAGGAGAGGAGAAGACUAUUUGAAGGAGCUACAAUGUUAUGACCCAAAGACUGACCGCUGGGAUGUUUUAGCAGAUGGUCCAGUGAGACGUGCUUGGCAUGGGAUGGCUGCACUGCUAGGAAAGCUCUAUGUAAUUGGAGGAAGCAACAAUGAUUCUGGCUACAGACGGGAUGUUCACCAGGUUGCCUGCUAUAGGCCAAGCACUGAUCAGUGGACAAAUGUAUGUCCGCUUCCUGCAGGACAUGGAGAACCAGGUAUUGCGGUCUUAGACAACAGGAUCUAUGUCUUGGGAGGCAGAUCCCACAACAGAGGAAUCCGCAUGGAUUACGUCCACAUUUAUGAUGCAGAGAGAGACUGCUGGGAGGAAGGACCCCAGUUGGAGGAUGAUAUUUCUGGGAUGGCUGCCUGCGUCCUCACUUUGCCCAGGGCUAUUUUAAUGGAAACAGAGAAAUGGUUCUCAGAAUGGCAUGCAGACCGCAUGAAGUAUCACCUUGACUUUCCAUCAGAAGUUAUGAGUGUAUCAGACUGGGAGGAAUUUGACAAUUCAAGUGAAGAUUAGAAAACUGUAAUAUUUAUUUUUUGCCAGUGGAUGAGGAAAUCAAGGCUUGGAGAAAAUACUUAGAGAUUUUAUAUGUCUUUCUUAUAUACAUAAAUCAGUAUUUAAAGGUUUGAAAAAUAAGUGUUCUGCACAGAAUGCCAUUCACAGUCAGUAUCUGCCCAUCUGCAAGCGUUCUGCACAAAAUGCCACUUACAGACAGUUUCUGCCCACCUGCCAGAAAGCAGCAUUUUUAUAGUAACCACAGAACUGCCAUUUUCCCCCAGUUAA